AGUGAAAAUUAAGGGCACAAGCCACAAACCCUUGCGCUAACAAAACCCGCCGAGAGGAACAGUCCCGCCUUCAAAACGCUCCCUCCACAUCCCCUUCUCUCUCUCUCUCUCUCUCUCUCUCUCUCUCUCUCUCCAAAACCUCCACCACACACAGAGAGUGCUUUUAAUUCCUUCUCUUUUCAAGUUCGAUGGCCGAAGCUUACGACGAUUCCUCGGUCGUCGAGAAGCUCUACGAGUACGGCGAACGCCUCAGCGAGGCCAAAGACAAGUCCCUACAUGUUGGUGACUACGCGGCCAUAAUCAAAGCUGCUAGUGAAGGUACUGUUAAGGUCAAGCAAUUGGCUGCACAGCUUAUUCCCAAGUUUUUCAAGUACUUUCCGACUCUUUCGGAGGAUGCUUUCGGGCAGCAGAUGUUUCUUUGCGAGGACGAGGAGCUUGGGGUGCGAGUACAAGCAAUUCGUGGACUUCUUCUUUUUUGCAAGGAUACCCCAGAAAAUCUGUCCAAAAUUGUUGAUAUUUUGGGGCAGCUCCUCCACCAAGCAGGAGAAAAUGUGGAGCGCGAUGCUGUGCAUAAAGCCUUAAUGUCUUUGUUGCGGCAGGACAUAAAAACCUCCUUAACAGUUUUGUUUAAGUACGUCAUUGGGAACCCCGAUGAACCUAGUGCUGAGGAAGGCAUCCGUGAAAAGGUUUUAUUCUUUAUCAGGGAUAAGGUAUUCCCACUUAAAGCAGAACUAUUGAAGCCACAGGAGCAGAUGGAGAGGCAUAUAACUGAUUUGAUAAAACAGAGUUUGCAAGACGUGACGGGAGAAGAAUUUAAAAUGUUCAUGGACUUCUUGAGAAGCUUGAGUUUAUUCGGGCGGAAUGCUCCUGUUGAGCGUGUUCAGGAGCUUGUUGAAAUUAUUGAAGGGCAGGCAGAUCUAGAUACGCAGUUCAAUGUGUCUGAUGGUGAUCACAUUGAUAGAUUAAUAUCUUGCCUGCAUAUGGCUCUUCCAUUUUUUGUGAUGGGUGCAUCAAGCAGCAGGUUUGUCAACUAUUUGAACAAGCAUAUCUUACCAGUUUUUGACAAGCUUCCUGAAGAACGAAAAGUGGACUUGCUCAAGAACCUUGCGGAAUGUUCAUCUUAUGUUCCACCACAGGAUUCCCGCCAGCUUCUGCCUUCUAUUGUUCAACUUUUAAAGAAACACAUGGUUCGGAGAAAGCUUGAGGAGAUGAACUUUACUUUCAUUGAGUGUUUAUUGUACAUAUUUCACCAUUUAGCACAUAAAACUCCUAAUGCCACAAAUAGUCUAUGUGGCUACAAGAUUGUCACUGGCCAACCUUCUGAUAGGCUUGGGGAAGAUUUCUCAGAGAACCAUAAAGACUUCACUGAGAGGUUGAGAACCAUUGAUGAUUUAGCUAAGGCAAUGGUGAAGAAACUAACCCAAGGAAUGACAGAGCAGAACAAAGCGAUGUCAGCUGCUAAAACUGAUGAAGAAAAGAAUAUCAUAAAGAAACAGAAGCUGAAUUCCACCAUAGGGCUCCGAACCUGCAACAACAUACUGGCCAUGAUCCAGCCAUUACAUUCAAAAUCACCCUCAUUCAUUGGGGAUCAGAAAAUUAACUUGUCAUGGAAAGAAGCAGUGAAACCCUCAGUGCCAUCAACUGCUCCUGUUGCUGGCAAUAAACGUGCGGCUGCUGGUGCAAAUGGGUCUGGCAAUUAUGCAGUCAAAAAGGGCAGAGGAGCGGGUGGUGUGCAAAACCAACUGGUGAAUCGGGCAUUGGAGGGUUUAUAUCAUGGCGGCAGAACCAGCAGCAGAGGUAGGGGUCGUGGUGGUGGACGUGGGAGAGGAAGUGGUUUCCGUUAGCGCUGUCCACUUCCAGGCUUAGGUGUACUGUCAUGAAACAGCUACUGACCAUUUUCUGCUUGUGUAUUGAGCUUUCUUGUAGGCAUUUACAGUUUCACCUUGUUCUUAGAAAAGGAAAAACAAAUCCUAUGGCAUUAUGGGCUAACAAUUCUUGUUUAGGUGUUUUAGAAAGGAAAAGAGAAACAGUUAGCUGAAUAUUUUUCUUCUCAUUGUUAUUGAGCUCUUUUAAGCAUUUACUGUCCAUUAUUCUUGGAAAAGAAGCAAUAGUAGAGGUAUGGUUUAAGUAGUCAA